CUACUCAGUUUAGCCACAACUCUGAAUGCGAGCGUGCCGAUCGCAAGCCGCUAGUCUUACAGUGAAGUACAUUUCCUCAAGACAUUUCUUCCGUUUAAAUUUUGUGGAACUACCGCCUGAAACUUGAAUCCAUUUUGCAAAUGCCCGGAUAUUUUCUCUCUGAGAUUUGAAUUUCCUAAAAAACUAUGAAUCUCAUGAUAACUUCGACCGCGGUUCUGCAAUUAGUUUUGGUAGUUUUGGCACAGAUUCCGUCGUCUAUUGAGGGCGAUGGCACUUCUGAUGGCAUCCGCCUGGUUAUGGAGAAGAGUUCGGGUAAUUUAGUUUAUUAUCGUCAGGCUCGCGCUCUUGAUGAUGCGAUAGUCACAUCCACAACAAAUGGCGACUCUCACCGCAUUAGGAAAAAUCGUAAAAUAAAUAAGUCGCAGGAGCACUUCCAGCAGGUGCACAAAUCGGGUUCUAGGAAACUAGUAGUUGCCGAAAAUGGCAGUGCAGCAACACAAAACUCGCAACCGAAGCACAAACAAGGCCACAAAAACACUAAUAAGCAGCAGCGACAGGGAACCAAGCAGCAGCAUGCACAAAGCCAACACCACGGCGGCAAAAGAACAGGACCCAAGGCAAAGACGUCAGAUAACGGGUCGGGGUCUUCGACCUGUCGUUACGCUAAGAGCGCUUGGUCAAACUGCGAUGACAAAACCAACGUACGCACGCGAGUUUUAUCUCUAAAAAAAGGAGAGCAAAAUUGCUUGCCAACUCGGACAAUACAAAAGAAGUGCAAGAAAGGCUGUCGUUAUGAGAAGGGUACUUGGUCGCAAUGCAACGAUGGACACAUGACCAGAGAGGAUAAGUUACAAGCAGAGGCAGUCGGUGGUAGUGACCAGAACUGCGAUCCUGUGCGUACUGUCAGCAAAAAGUGCAAGGCAAAUUCGGGUGCAGGAAAACAACACGGACAGAAUCGUGGCACAAAAGAACGCAAGGGUGACCGACGCAUUUUGUCUCACGAUUAAUAAUCGUUUAAAAUUAAUCAUUUUAUACACUGCUAAAAAGAUUUACAGCUUUUUGUAAGCGGUUUUUUUUUAGAUAUUAGUUUGUAAAGUUUUGUAAAAACAUUCAAAAUAUGGAUUAGUUCAAAGCCUUUAGGUGGGUUCUUUUUAUUUUUUUCAUUUUUUAAUGGUCUUAACAAUUUCUAUAAAGAUGAGGUAAUCUUAUAUCCUCAGUAAGUCCAAAAACCAAAUUUUUCACAAAAUGUUAUCACCAAUCUCUUGUUUAAAGUACAUCGCGUGGUGCGAUUAAAUGAUUUAAAUAAACAAGAAUAUAAGCAAGAA